AUCCCUGAUCACGAACAUGAAGCUGCUUCCCCUCCUCACAGCUGCGACCUGCUUCACGCCCCCAGCUCCCUCAUUCUUUGUACCACAAGUGAUGAAGUUUUUUUUCCAGAUCACAUGAGCCAGGAUGAAGGGGAAAAUCCUGCCAGGAACAGAGAUGGGCUGCGACCUGAACCUGAUCAAGGGGAGAUACAGACCAGUACCCUGAGAGCUAUAUAAGAAGGUGCUUGGCACAAGAGCAAACACUUUUUCAGAUGAAAGACUCCUAUGAAUCAGCCAUGCAUGUGAAUGAAGGCACCGUUUCAAGGAGGCUUGGAGCCACUAACAAAACUUUUUUGUAUUUCAUCAUCGCUACCCUUGUUGCAUUGCUCGUCUUUGCGUUAGCCACCGUCAUGGUAUUAGUUAUCCGGAGGACGGCAGCUGAUCCUGCCACAGAGGGCAGCACAGAACGGAUCCGCAAAGGGAACACCUCUGAAGACUACUUAAGAAUCCUACAGAAUGUCCCAGCCAAGGGAGCUGCUGCGUACAUGAGAGUGUCAAAUUCAGUAAACAGCUCGAAGCUGAGCUUGGCUGGGAAGGGUAUAUGUGACAACAUCCAGUGCAAGAGCGAGGAGCUGGUGAUCCGUGCAGAGGGCCUCUACCUGAUCUACUGCCACCUCAACCUCCGCUUUGCCAACUGUUCCCACAGCCCCACAGACCUCAAGAUAGAGCUCCUCGUCAACGACGAAGUCAACAGGCAGACGUUAUCCACGUGGUGUGCAUCAGACUCAUGCCAAGAAAAGAAUUUUAAGACCUUGUUCCAGCUCCAUUUGACGUACUUGAACGUGGAGGACCGGAUAUCAGUAACACUCAGCCAUCCUAAAUUCCUGAAUGAAAUUCACCUUCCCAACGAUAAUGUGCUCGGGGUCUUGAGGUACAGCGAUGAGAUGUGAGGAGCUCUCUGACUCCCCACUGCUGCACAGACUUUCUCUGUCUUCCUCUGAUGACGGCAGCCUGCUUUUACUAGGCUACACCUUGUUUUACAUUUCCUGUCUUACCUCAUCGCUAUGGUAAAUGAGGAACUUUGUGUCCCAGAACGAAAUCUUAAAACACUGCAAUGCACACCUGGCAGACGUCAGGUUGCUCUGGUUUGGUGGCGGUAGGGUUGCUGUUGGACAGCAGAUCCAGCAGCACAGAUGUGGCAGCAGGUCCUCCAAGCAGUGCAGUGCAAACACAGCCCGAAAUGCAACCAGAUUAUGGGAAGAGCACACAUUACAAGACUUCUUGACUAAAGCACUGCUGGCAGAUUGCCUGUGCUCAGGAGAUGGGGAAAUCCUUUUGAUCUGAAUUUUAUGGAACAGUAUUUUGACACGGUUGUUCCAAAAAACCUAACAACCAACGCUUGUAAUUAAGGCUUUCCUUUCAACUGGAGCAUGCAACCACAACUCUGCAGUGAGUUUAUGGGUAGAUCAUACUAAGGACAGAGGAAAUUGCUCACUCCCAGGCUGGUAGCUAAAACUCUGGGACAGAGUGUAGGAGAGUGGGGACUCACCAAACAUUUCUGUGCUGCAUUCUGCUACAAACUUUAUGCAGUUUAGUUCCAAGUGUUUUCCUUUUCACUAUUUAUCCAUCUUCUCUAUUUAAAAUUAAGCUCUUCGGGGCAUGAGCCUUUGUAUAUGCACCAUGUUCAGCCUCUGUUCUCACCUGGAACUUCUAGGCCUUUCCAUAAUUAAUAUUAAAAAAUGAUCUUCUUGUGCCACAUGACAAAGGAGUUUGUUAUGAUACUUUUCCCCCAAAUUGUGCCCUGCCUGUGUGGCAGUUCCCUGAGUGACACAACAGCACAGUGCUGUGUGAACACAUCCCAACAUCUGAACUGUUGGAAAAUCCAGGAUUUAGAUCUGAGGUUCCAACUUUCCAAGGAUGAUUUCAGAGCUCAGCUACGAGCUGCAGCGUUCAGACAGUCCAGAUUUCAUUUGAUCUUCUUUGAGUUAUGAGGUAGUGAAUGAUGGAAGCAACGUCAGGCCCUCGUACUCCGUGAAUUUCAGUAACACAGGAUUUUAUUGAAAAUCUGAUUCUCACCAUGAGAGAAUGUAGGAAAAAGUUGCCAAGGAUUCAGGCUUUCCUCUUCUCCCUUCAUCACCGGGGUUGUGCUGCGGCCAGUUGUUGUUGGCAUUCAGCUUUUUCCCUUGGGGGCUGUUUAUCCUUCCUUUCACAUGACUAAGACUGGGUGAACUGUUCACACCAAAACGUUUAGUCAUGGAUUUAGCUUAGAAAUGAGUUUCUGGCUUCCAAAACUCCGGAAAUCUUUUAUUGUUCAGACUUAUCUGAUGAUCAGUUUGUGUGAGCAUAUGCUUCUCAUGGAAGUAAUUUUUUUACUUGUGAUAUUUCCUGCUACAUUCUUGAGGGUUCAAUCCAUGAACCAGGUGAUUUCAAAACGCGACAAACCUUUCAAAGGGUCAGGAAUAGCCAGGCUGACUCACUGCUAUGGAUAUCUACUUUCUGUUUUGAUAAACACUGACGAAAACAAAAAUUCCUUCUGCUGUUAAUGACCAAAGAAAAAA